ACUGCAGGAGCCGUGCUGUUCCUUCCAAUGGAUCUUUUCUUCUUCUUCCUCCUCAUCUUUGAUGUGGCCAGAUGUGAAGAGGAGGAUGCUAUUCCGGAGCUCGGCUCCCAGGAGGAGCAUCUCAGCACCUUGCCGAGGUCGAAAGCAGCCUUGGUCUAUUUUCGGAAGGACACAUCUCCGUCGGCUGAGAUUUUCUUGGAACAGCUAGAAAACUCCGUCGAAGCCCUCCGAGAUUACGGAAUUUCAGUCUUAAAGGUGAACUGCCACAAAGAAGGGGAAGCCUCACGUUACUGUAGAGAAGACAAUUCGAUAGGGAAAGCGUACCUGUUCAGGGGCCACGUGCUGCUUCGGGAGCUGCCUACGGAUGCCUUGUUCAGCGUGGAUGCCAUUGUGGCCAAUGUCCUCUUCGCCCUCCUCUUCAACGAAGUCAAGUAUCUGCGGACCCUGGAAGACCUCCAGAAGCUGGAAGGCUCCUUAAAGGGCCAGUCAGAUCUGGUGUUUGCUUAUGUCCAAGCAAUUGGGACGGCAGAACACAGAGUUGUGAUGGAGGCAGCUUUUGUCUAUGGUUCGUUCAAGUUUGCCUUAACCACCGAAGUGGCCCUUCUGAGGAGCAUCCGCAGUGGAGAGCCCGAAGUCCCCUCUUCGCAGCUCUUUUUCUGCCAUUGUGCCGUGCAAACGGAUCCCUCCCAGCCGUGCCGAAGGACCCGGAUGGAGUGGCCGCUGACGACGUUAACCGUCCACAAGUUCCUGAAGCUGAUGCGGGAACCCCUCAUGCCAGAAAUAUCUGUGAGAAACCUGCCAGAGCUUUUCCAGCUAGAGAAACCCUUGCUCAUCAUGUUCAGCGAUGGGGCAUUGAGCGAAAGGGACGAAGCGGAAAUGAGGCGUUUGGCUGAAGAAGAGAUGGACGAAUCCUUUGUGACCUGCUGGCUGAACCUUAAGAACACACCUGUCGGUCGAGGAAUAUUGAGGGCCUAUUUUGGAAGCUCCAUCCCUCCUCUUCCGCUCCUCCUCUGGAUCAAUCUCCAUUCCGGGGGCCAAGUGUUCGCCUUCCCAUCCGAUCGAUCCCUUUCGGUAGCCAGUGUCCAAACGUGGAUCAAGGAGCUGAAGGCCGGCCAGGAAAUCCCAAGCGCUGUGCUGUCUGAAGAAGACUGGAAGCCCCGCCUCCCCGCCUACGACUUCCUGAGCAAGAUGGGACCCGCGCUGCCCGAAUUCACCAUUUACAGCGGGAGGACGACUGUAGGCAACGUCCCAGGAGAGGUGGACGUCCUAGGAGACAAAAAGGAAGGAGUGAAGAAGGAGUCCAUGGAAGGAGGAGCUCCGGAGGCCGAAGGGGAGAAGAGGCUGCUGUCCAGGGGUGACCUCCGAGGGACGGUCCCACGCCUGGCCUCCCGGGAGAAGCCCCCCAAGCGCCACACAGAGCUAUGAUCCUCACUUAUUUUUUUGUCGUGUCAGAGCAGCCAGUCCAUUAUAUUACAUUUCUAACAGAACAAAGCAAACAAACAGAAAAAUACACAACUUGUGAGUUUGGUAGCUGGUUAAAUGUCCUUUGACCAGUAUCUGGCCCCUUGGAGUGCUUCCGGUGUUGCUGCAAGAAGG